AUGGCAUCUUCAAAGGGUGAAGCUGGGACUGUGGUGGACUCCAAGGUCACAAAAUUAGACUUUGGGGAUCCACUAUAUUUACAUCCCAACGACACUAGUGGAGGUUUCAUUUUGUCCUUUAAACUAAGUGGGACUGGAAACUAUAAGGUUUGGUCUUAUGCUAUNCCACUAUAUUUACAUCCCAACGACACUAGUGGAGGUUUCAUUUUGUCCUUUAAACUAAGUGGGACUGGAAACUAUAAGGUUUGGUCUUAUGCUAUUAUCCUGGCUCUCGAAACUAAAAAUAAAACUGGCUUCAUAGAUGGUUCCUGUCCGCGUCCUGUUGAUGACCCCGUUCUUGAGAAACAGUGGGAUCGUUGCAAUUCCGUUGUUCUCUCAUGGAUAUUGAGCUCUAUGACCGAGGACUUGUUCCUUGGUCAAGUUUUUUCAAAAGAAUCCUCCCAAGUUUGGGAGGAAUUAAAGAAAACUUACGAUAAAGUGGAUGGGUCUGUAACUUUCAACUUGUACCAAAAAAUUAAUUCUUUGAGCCAAAAUAAUAUGUCUGUUUCCGAGUACUAUCACAAGCUUAAUUCCCUUUGGAAACAGUUUGACGCCCUGGUUAAACUUCCUUCCUGUUCUUGCAAGGCGUCUCAUGAUUUUUCUCUUCAUAGUCAACUGAUAAAAUUGAUGCAGUUUCUUAUGCUUCUUGAUGACAUUUACCAACCCAUUAGAAGUAGUAUUUUAACCAGAGACCCUCUUCCCUCGGUCAAAACUGCUUUUUCUUUAGUAUCUAGGGAAGAGUCUCAUAGAGGAUUUCCAAAAGAUUUUCAAAAUCGGGCUAAACCUCUAAAUCAAAAUUUUAAGGCUCAAGGACCUAAUUUUAGACCUACUGCUGGAAAUGUUAUCUCUUCUGAGUCUGUUACUUCUAAACCUUCCUUUUCCUUUUCAGAAGAACAGGUUGCUAAAAUUUUGAGUCUAAUUGAUCAAAAACCAAAUAUUGAUGAAGCUUCUGCCAAUAUGGCAGAUUUGAAUCUUAGAGUCUGUCAUCCUAAUGGGACUAAGGCAAAAAUAAAUAAAAUUGGUAACCUGAAACUGUCCAGUAAUGUUACUUUGUUUGACGUUCUUGUUGUUCCUGAAUUCAAUGACUGUCGUCAAAUGAGUAUAGUGGGGACUGGUAGUGAGGAUGGCGGACUUUAUUUCUUCGAUCAACACUCUAAAACUACCAACUUCCUCUCUUCUAAUAACUGUGGUAUGGUUCAUUUUGUUUCAUCUCAGUUAUGGCACAGUCGCCUUAGUCACCCUGCUGAGCAAGUGCUUCAGUUUGGGAAAUCUGUUAAAAUCUGUAGGAGUGAUAACGGAACUGAGUUUGUAAAUCAAAAAUUAGUUGGGUUUUUUGAGUCCAAAGGAAUCUUGCUUCAAACUUCUAGUGUUUAUACGCCUCAGCAGAAUGGCGUUGUUGAACGAAAACAUAGGCAUUUACUAAAUGUUUCUAGGGCUCUCAUGUUUCAGGCUGGGAUCCCGCUUAACAUGUGGAAUGAAUGUGUCUUAACUGCCACAUAUCUAAUAAAUAGAACUCCCACUUCUGUUCUUAAUGGUAAGAGUCCCUAUGAUUUGGUAUAUGGUUUUUCUCUUGUGCUUACUCAUUUGAGAAACUUUGGGUGUCUCUGUUUUGCUUUAAUUCCAAACAUAACUGAUAAAUUCUCCCCAAAAUCUGAAAAUUCUUCUAAUAAUUUUGAUGUUGUGGGACCCGAUGAUGAGGAUAAAAGACUUAUUCAUGAUGAUAAUAAUCAUCUUUCUGACUCUAGAACUAGUAACCGUAGUGAUCUAGGUAGCCGGUCUAGGAAUGACAAUAGAAAGCCUCUAGGUAGCUCUGAGAUUCAGUAUAGUCAAGAUCCUUCAUUAGAAGGUAAUCUUGAAAGAGGAGUUACCAGUUGGUAG